CUUGAAGAAUCAUGCGGCCCGCCAGCUCUUGCUCUCCUGCCGUGGGGAUGAAGGUCAAUCUCCUCUACAAGAAGCCGGAUGGCACUGUUCUUUUCCUCGAGGCAAAGAAGGACUUCGUCGAUCUCCUCAUGAGCUUUCUCGUGCUUCCGGUGGGGUCUGUGAUCAAGCUCCUGCGAACUGUUGAUUCCGGCAUGGAGACCGGUGCCACGAGGCUGUUUCAGAGCAUCGAGAAGAUGGAUCAGUCGAGCAUGGAGGUUAGCAAGAGUGUUCUCACCAAUCCAGCGCCGGAUGCUUCCGCGUUUCGGGGAGGAAAGAUGCUCGCCAUCGAAGGCUCGCAGUCGAUUACUUCCCCGGUGUACUAUAAGUGUGGGCAUCCUAGCUGCUACAAUGCGAGGGCUGGCAAUGCAUCCUUUUCAUGCCAUCACAGCAGAUAUGAAUCUGUGGAGCUGACGAUGCUACCCAACGAAGAAAACUCCACCAAAACUGCUGGCUACGUGAAGGAGAAUGUGAUCUUCAUGAUCACCGACGAGCUCGAGGUAUACCCAACUUCGACCAUCAAGAGCAUCGUCCUGCUCAACAAGCUCAAGGUGAAAGCUAUGGCCGAUCUCGAGAGCAUCGAGGUCAGCGUGGGCGCUCACGAGGUUUAAACCGAUCUCUCUCGUACUCUGAUCUUCCAAUGUUUCUUUUGACUUCAGGCCUUGUCUCUGCUCAAGGCGUCGCUGGUUUCGAAGACUGUGCUCAACGACGUCUUCAAAUCCUACGUCUCAAAGCGAUCUUAUUAUCAGGCCUAGAUCAAUCACAAAAAUCAUGUCAUGAUGUUAGAUUUCUCGUGUAGUUUGUGCUAGUUACGUAAACACUAGAAAGAAUGAUGACAAAGUUUGUGGAGUCGAGCUUUCUUAAUAAGUUGGG